AAAAAAAGAAAACGAUAGAUUAAUAAAUUUAUCUGUAAAUAUGUAAUUAUGAUGAUGGUGGUUGCUAAGUGUUUCUUUUUUUUUAGUACAACCAUCAUCGACGACAAAAAUGGCAGCUAUUGUGAUGAUUCUCAUCGUGAUCAGAAAAAAAUGUUCAAUUAUAAUUGUUGAUCAUUUGUGACUGUUUUUUUUGUGUGUGUAUGUGUAUGUGUGUGUGUGAUUUCCAAUGAUUUCCAUUUUCCGUUUGCUACGUCAAUAAUUAUAAAAAUAUUUGAAAAAAACAAAUCUGUUUUCAAUCAAUUAACGGCGAAAUAUUUGUCAGUUAAACUAAUGUCGUCUCUGUCGCAAAAAUCAUAUCCAUAUCAGCCAUUAAAUACGAAUAUAAUAACGAAUAAUGGUUCAUCAUCAUCAUUAUCAUCGCAUAAGAUAUCGAAGAAUUUUAUGAUUGCCCUAUUAAUGGGCAUGACAUUUGGUUUCAGUUUUGCCUACCUGUUGAUCAGUGUUGUGAAUUGGGAUUCAUUGAAAGGAAUUAGUUUUCUAUCAUAUAGACAAUCAGAAUUUGAUGAUUAUCAUAAUCAUAAUAAUCAUCAUGAUCAUGAUUUCGAUCCACAUCAUCAUGAACAAUUAGAUUCGGUGACUGGACCUAAACUUCCGGUAUCAUUUCAUGAUUUAGAUGAAAUAUUUCACAAAGAUGAAGAUAUAGUUGCUCGUCAUCUAUCGAAAACCGUGCGUAUUCUAUGCUGGGUGAUGACUGCACCGAAAAAUCAUCAAGAAAAAGCUAAACAUGUGAAAGAAACAUGGGGAAAACGUUGUAAUACAUUGAUAUUUAUUAGCUCAGAAGCGGAUUCAUCCUUACCGGCAAUCAAAUUAGAUGUUCCAGAAGGUAGAGAUCAUCUUUGGGCCAAAACUAUUGGUGGAUUCAAUUAUUCUUAUCAUCAUCAUCUGAAUGAUGCCGAUUGGUUCAUGAAAGCUGAUGAUGAUACAUAUGUGAUUUUGGAAAAUCUUCGAUAUUUCCUUUCAUCUCAUGAUCCUACGGAACCUGUUUAUUUUGGCUGUAAAUUUAAGCCAUAUGUUAGUCAAGGUUAUAUGAGUGGUGGUGCCGGUUAUGUUCUCAGUAAAGAAGCAUUGAAAAGAUUUGUCGAAAUCGGUUUGGCCAAUGAUCAUCCGGAUAAAUGUUAUGAUAAAGAAGAAGGUGGUGCUGAAGAUGUUGAUAUGGGCUAUUGUCUUGAAGCAUUAAAUGUAACCGCUGGUGAUUCAAGAGAUUCAUUGGGUCGUGGUAGAUUCUUUCCAUUCGUACCGGAACAUCAUGUCGUACCAGGUCAUGUGGAUCGAAAUUUUUGGUAUUGGAAAUAUAUUUAUUAUCCAUCACAAGAGGGCCUAGGAUGUUGCAGUGAUACAGCCAUAUCAUUCCAUUAUGUUAGUCCAAAUAUGAUGUAUGUUCUUGAAUAUUUAAUCUAUCAUCUUCGUCCAUAUGGCAUAUCAAGUUAUGUUCGUCCACAAGAUCAAAAAUUACUUGAACAUCACCAACAACAAGAAUUGCAAACAAAAACCAUCCCAGUGGAAGAAAUCACCAAGAAUGAUGAUGAUAAUAAUAAUAAUAAUGUUGAACAUCGUAAUAUUAACGAAUGAAAAUUUAAAUAUUUUUUCAACAAAGAUCUCUUUCAACACCGAAUCCAUUAUCAUCAUCGAUAUAAACACCAUCAAGUGAUUCUCAUCCUUGUGAUCGAUAUAUAUUCAAGAAAACAUUCCCAUUUAUUAGAUUCAAAUACAACCAAUUCAAUAAUAACCGUA